AUGCUCUCUCGUUUCGGCUUCGGGCAAGAAGCCAUCGCUGCAAGCGGCAGUGACGCCGAGAUCGCGGCUUUUCUUGAGAAGGAAGCGGAGGAAGCAAAUGCUAAGAAGAAAAAGGAUAACAAACAGAAGAAACAAACUGAUGAAGACCGUCCCAAGUUGUUCAUGGAGCUGACAUUGUCCGAGCAGCGGAAACUGGGGCAAAAGGCGCCAGUGUUACGCCAAGUGGAGGGAGAUUCAGUCAACCAGCGGAUUCGACUGUACCGGCGCACGAUCUUCUUUCACAUUCAUUCCAAGCUCGACCACAAUGGCUAUAUUGCUCAACGACUGCGCUUGAAUAACCAGAAUCCUAACGGCAAAGAUGAAAAGGGUCGGACUGCGCUGCAUUAUGCUUGUAGACAUGGUGCGGAGGGGGUAGUUCGAACGCUUCUCCACGAGGAAACCACGAUCGAUGACCCAGAUUUGGAAAUGCGCUGGACUCCCUUGCACUAUGCUGUAAUGGGAGGACAUGAGAAAAUUGUGCAGCGGCUAGUGGAAAAGGCCCCAGUGCGGCGUAUCACGAUCAACCGGAAAGAUAAAAAUGGAAUGACGCCGCUGAUGCUGGCUUGCGGUGAGGACCAUGCUGGCGUUGCUAAGCUACUGCUUCGCAAAAAGGCUUUCAUCGACGAAACGGAUAACGACGGCUGGAGCGCACUUCACUAUGCCGCUGCGAACGACGCUGCUCUAGCUGCGGAAGUCCUCGUUCAAUACGACAUCAACCUCAAGGCCAGGACGGAAUCCACGAACGAGACUGCGCUCGAAAUGGCCGAACGACUUCGCUCACAUCUUGUCGCCAUUUUACUAUACGAAGUGACGUAUCGAACGCAUUAG